AUGAAUGCUAUUGAGCUGUUUGAGUUCCCAGAUUUCAAAGGAGAUCCUUGUUUUAUAGACCAUGACUUUACUGACCUGAAAGAUGUUCCAUUCCUCAAGAAAGUCUUGUCUCUCAAAGUCCAUAGAGACACUUGGAUUAUCUUCAGUGAAACCGAUUAUAAAGGAGAAUUCAGCUGCUAUAAAGCAGGCAGCUACAGCUCACUAUCUGGGUUCGACAGCAAAAUCCGCUCUGUGCGAUGUGUGAAGGGAGGUCUGGAUAAUCACAAGAUUACGCUGUAUGAGGAAGAGACGCUUGGGGGCGAAGAAGUGACCCUGCAGGUGUCUGUGGAUUCUGUGAAAUCCCACGGAUUUGGCAAGAAGGCUUUAUCACAUAAAGUGGUCAGCGGGGCCUGGGUCCUGUACUCUAGGGAGAAUUACGAAGGUGGUCACAUGGUCACUGUGGCAGGAGAUAAAGUUGAUAAAUAUGAUGACAGCUUUAAAAAUGUAAACUCCCUGAAGCCCGUUCUCCCUUUACAGUGA